AUGGCCGUGCAGACCUACGGUCGGAUGAAGAGAGCUGGCUUCCAAGCCGACGAACAGGUCUAUGAUGCUGUCCUUAGAGCUUGUGCUGCGGGUGGCCUCUGGAAGCGGGCCAUCUUCAUCAUCAAUGCCAUGAUCCAGGCAGGGCUGACUCCCAGCGCCUCCGCCUACAGCAGCGCCAUAGCUGCUUGUAGCGAAAAGCAGGGCAGGAGAAGCAUUGCCCUCUUUGCUGAGAUGCUCAGCAAGGACCUGUCCCCAACCCCAGCAGCCUUUGUCGGUGUCAUGACCGCGCAUGAGAAGGAGGGCUCUUUUGACAUGGUGCUGAAGACUUUCGAUGACAUGAAGGCCCAGCCGGGCUGCCGCUUGACUUACGCCGCCUUUGCCGCGGCCAUGCGAGCGCACGCGGGGCUCCAGCAGCCGGAUGACAGCGACACCCUGCGUCGCGGCACAGCCCGGAAGCAGCUCACCCUCUUUGACCAGAUGUUGGCCCGGCACCGCACACAACCCAGCGCAGAAUGCCACAGCCUAGCAGCUCAGGCCCAUGCAACCUGCUUGGAGGCCGUGAAGGGUGUGAAGGUUCUAGAGCAGGCCCUUGAUGGUGGGCUUGUUCCCAGCGGGGCAGCUUGCGAGGCUGUUUUGGCAGGCCUGGAGAACACCCGAGAUGGGGAGGCCAGCGAAGAGCAGAAGAAGAGGCUCUAUGAAGCUGGCAUUGAGGGCUACCUCCCCAACGGGAAAGAUGCAUGGCGAUUGCUGAACCAGAUGGCACAAGCUGGCUACACCUGCCGCCAAGGCAUCUACGAGCGGAUCGUUCAAGAGGCAACAUCUGCCAAGGUCUCUACAGCAGUCUAUGAGGACCUUCGGAGACUGGACCUGGAACCAGAGCCCGAAACUGAGGUGGCGGCUAUGGGAGCCUUCGUGGACCAGGCUGCCUGGGCGCAAGCUUUGGAGAUUUUCGAAGACCUGCGGCAAUUGGGCAAGCUGGCGCCAAAAGGUCGCUCAUUGGACCUUCUAGAGGCCGCGGGUUUGGCUGCGCUGAAGGCUUGCGAAACUGCCGGACUGGCGCAGGAGGCUCUGGGCGUCAUCGAGCAGGUGCGCUUCCGUGGCCUUGUUCUGGGCCCACGCCUGUUCGAGGCAGGCAUCGCCGCCUGCGCGGCUGGAGGCCAGCUGGAGCCGGCACGGCUGCUGCUGGCGAAGAUGAAAGGCGCUGGCUACGAGCCCUCGGAUACAGCAUUGGAAGCCUGCCAGCUGGACUCCUACAUCGAUCAGGUUGAGGAGGCCGAGCGGCGCGGGGAAUUGCCGGAGGAAAAGAUCCUCCAGCGGGCCAUCCAGGAGGCAAAAGAUGCCGACGAUCUUGAGCUAGCGCGCGACCUCACAAUGAAGCUGAGAGUCGCCAAGACGGGCGUGGAGGAGGAGCGCUGGAAGUGA